AUGGAUCUCCCAGUCAUAGAUCUCUCUCCCUGUCUCUCCGGCGAGUGGGACCCACACCUCUGCGCUGAGGUCAGCCGCACCCUCAGGGAGACCGGCGCGCUGCUCGUGAAGGACCCUCGCUGCACUGUCCAAGACAACGAUCGCUUCAUUGAUAUGAUGGAACGCUACUUCUCCCAGCCCCACCACUUUAAACUCCUCCACGAGAGACCCCACUUGCAUUACCAGGUUGGGGUUACACCAGAGAGAGUUGAAGUUCCAAGAAGCUUGGUUGAUGAAGAAAUGCAAAAGAACCUGAAAGCAAUGCCUAAAGAAAACCAGCCUCACACCCCUAUUGGGCCUGAUCUCAAAUGGCGAUACUUUUGGAGGAUCGGUCCUCGACCAUCAAAUACCCGUUUUCAGGAACUGAAUGCCGAGCCAGUAAUACCCGAAGGUUUCCCUGAAUGGAAAGAAACUAUGGAUUCCUGGGGAUAUAAAAUGAUAGCAGCAAUUGAAGUCGUUGCUGAAAUGGCAGCUAUUGGAUUUGGUCUUCCAAAGGAUGCAUUUACUUCUCUUAUGAAGCUGGGCCCACAUCUGUUAGCGCCAACCGGGAGUGACCUUCAAAAAUAUGGGCAGGAGGGAACUGUUUUUGCAGGAUAUCACUAUGACCUUAACUUCCUAACCAUUCAUGGUAGAAGUAGAUUUCCUGGUUUAAACAUAUGGUUAAGAAAUGGACAAAAAGUUGAAGUGAAGGUUCCAAUCGGAUGUCUUCUUAUUCAGACUGGAAAACAGAUAGAGUGGUUAACUGGAGGGGAUUGCAUAGCUGGCAUGCAUGAGGUUGUUGCCACAAAGAGGACAAUUGAUGCCAUUAAUUUAGCACAAGAGCAAAAUCGUAGCUUAUGGAGAGUCUCUUCAACUUUGUUUGCCCACAUAGCAUCAGAUGCAGUUCUGAAGCCAUUGGGACAUUUUGCAGAGUUGCCACUUGCAGGCAAAUUUCCACCUAUGUGUGCAGGAGAGUAUGUUGAACAAGAGCUUGCAGUAAUCAAUCUCAAGGGAAAGAAAUGA